AUGAGUGACAAAGCAAACAGCGAUUUCGAGGAUUUUUCCUCAGAUGAAGAAAAUGACCAGAACAACGUCUUGCUUCAGACCAAAAGAAAAAUUUCCAGCAAGGACGAUGUAUUCAGUAAAAAGAUAGACGAGGUCGAAAGUGAGAACGAACCAGAGUCUGAACAAGAACUAGAACACGAGCAACAAAACCAGGACAAACUCGAGCAAAAGGAAGAUCAAGUGGCUGAAGAUGAAAAAGAGCAACCUUUGCCCGUCUCUCUAGAAGAUCUAAAGACAGAAAAAUUAAGGCAACUGGUUAAAUCCAAGGCUGAAAAGAGGUCCCAGCACAAAACCGGUGUGGUGUAUUUCUCCAGUAUCCCACCUUACAUGAAGCCUGCCAAGAUGAGACAAAUACUAACUCGUUUUGGUGAAAUAGAUAGACUGUUUCUAAAGAGAGAGGACGAUCAGAAGUAUAAGCAAAGAGUGAAGGGAGGCGGUAACAAGAAAAACAAAUACGAGGAAGGAUGGGCCGAGUUCAUCAGGAAAAGAGACGCCAAGCUGUGUGCGGAGACGCUGAAUGGGAACAUCAUUGGCGGUAAGAAGGGUACCUUUUACCACGAUGAUAUCCUGAACGUGAAGUACCUCCCAGGCUUUAAAUGGGCUGACUUGACCGAACAGAUUGCCCGUGAAAAUGAUAUCAGACAGGCCAAGCUGGAAAUGGAAAUCUCACAGGCCAACAAGCUGAAUGCCGACUUUAUCAGAAAUGUGGAGCAGAGUAAGAUGAUACAGAACAUCAAGAAAUCCAGGAAACGUGCUGGCCAAGAAGAAGAAUCCGCGGAUUCUCACCCCCACAGAGAGUUCAAGCAGCGUCGCGUGGAAACUAACCGUGCUAAUGCCCCUACCGACAUCAAGCAGCAGCCGUCGAAAUCCCAAGCUCUGGGCAACGUCCUGACUAGCCUACUGUAG